UUUGAAUCCUUUGCUGUAUCGUGGGAUACUCGUCUCCUCAAGGUCGUGUUAGCAUCCUCUCGACGUCCUCUUUGAAAAUGUCGAUGUGCAUAUAUGGGCAAUAAUAUUUCUGACCCCUCUAUUCACUUAGUAAAAAGUGACUGUUUGAGAGGCGGAUUUGCGAUCUAUAAAAAUGAUAAUUAUGAGGUUUCAUUCCAUCAUACUGUUCAACCUACAUAUAACAAGUUUCGCAUUAUCAAGUACCUUAAGGCACAUACGACAACUAAUAGAAAUGAUGAUUCGCAAAGUGAUGUGAAAAUUAGUACGUGUGCAAACGUGCUUGCGUGUGAUGAUCUACUCAGCUCGUCGAUACCUGUUAGGCUGCGUCAUCCAUCUAUUCUUCGUGUCCAAAAGGCUUGUUCUGAUGGACUUAACAGUUUGUACUUGGUGGUUGAAAACUCAGUCCCAUUUAGUGCUUUCGUUACCAAUCCCACAAUGGAUGACCUACUAGCUGGGUCCUAUAGUCUUCUCUCUGCUCUCAACUUCCUGCAUAAUACACUUGGAGUUUCGCACAAUAACGUGGAUACUACCAGCGUAUUUAUUGAUUCGAAUAUGUGUUGGAAGUUGUGCGGUUUUGAGCUCGCUCUGGAAUUUAAGAAUAUGUCUGCUGACCAUAUACGAAGAAUUGAAGCUUUAAAGGGACAACAAGACGCAAAAGCUUUAAAUUUUGAUCCGGCGUAUGCCUUCUGUUAUGAUAUAUAUUGUUUUAGCCGAAUGAUUUGUACGCUAACUGAUAUAGGCGAAGGUCCUUUCUAUAAUCUCGUACAGGUUUUAAUUAACUCUUGCAUGCAUAGUUUACCCAAAGCGCGUAUACCUUCUGACCACCUAUUAGCUCACCCAUCUUUCAAGAGCCCAUAUAUAUCCACAUUGGAUUUUUUAGACACAUAUGUGAGUCGUAGUGAUGAGGAGAAGGAAGUGUUCUUCAGAUCAUUUACAGAAAAAGUAUUUAACAGGAUAUCAGAAGAGUUAUUUUGUCGCAACAUUUUACCAAAAAUGUUCGAAAACACUAUCUUUCUUGAUUAUCCGGCUCAAACCCUACUUGCGCAGAUUUUCCACGCUUUCGAAGAAAACCUUCAAGAGUCACCCAAAUCCAAAUUGAUCAUAUCUCUUCGAAAUUUUCAGAAGUUUGUCAAUCCUUUAAUUGUUCAGAAAUUUAUGGUUAACGAGAGACACACGCGUAUUUUGUUACUUCAGCACUUCACUGGCUAUUUAAAAAUAUUAACUGAUAGUGAUUUGUUAAAUGUGAUAUUACCACAAAUAUGUCGUGGAGUUUUCGAUAGUCAUAAUGCACUAUCAGUUUUAAGUUUACAAGCGUUAGGAUGUCUUGCUAGUCGUUUGAAUGCUACUGUUGUUUUAAAUCAUUUACGUCGGAUCGAAGAAAGCCUAUGUAAAGCUGGCAGUUUAUCUAAUAAUUUUAAUCAUAGUACGAGCACUGACGGAAAUAAUAGAUUUGUUACUUAUGUAUGGCCUCGUAAUAAUCUAUUUUAUGAAGCUGCACCAAAAAUUAAUCGAACUAAUCGGGAAAUUCCUUUAUGUGAAAAGAGACAAACCCAUGUGUUAAAUGAAUCCAGUCGACCGUUAGCUCAAUUGGCCGUUUUUUCUCCAAAUUAUGAUCCAUCUAUGAAUUCCUGUUUUUUAAGCUGUACGGAUGACCUUUCCACUGAUUCUCGUCCAUGGAAUAGUGAUGUACUUAAACUGUCAAGUACUAUAACAGGAGCCAGUACCAUUACUUAUACUCUGACUACUGCUACUACUACUACUGCCAUUAAUAAUAAUAUUGAUAAUGAUAAUAAUUGUCGUCAAUUGGAUGAAGUCGAAAAAUUUCAGUGCAAUACUGAAAAUACGUUUGAUGAAAAUACUAAAUUUUCUAGUUUAGUUGAUAAACCCGUGGUACAUUAUUCAUCAUCAUCGUCAAGGGAAUUGGUUGUUAACGGAAAAUCAUUAGUAUAUUCUGGAAGCAAUUCUAAUUGUUUGAAUAACCCUGUAGAAAUUUCUAAUGACGAACGUGAAAUUGAUACACUCCUUACAUUGAUGGAACCUAAAAUUGUACAGCAACCUAUUCCAUUUUCUCCUCUCAGGUACACAGUUAUUCCUGAUGAAAUGGAAAUAAACCGAUUGAGCGAACUAUCAUUAGAACAGUCAGCUGAUGCGGUAAUUUUUGAAUUGUCCAUUUUUCUGAAUAAUUAUAUCAUUUUUAUUUUUACAUGAUGUUUAUAGAGUUUUGCGUCAGAUAAGUUAUUUCUUUGUGACAUUGACCAAUUACUAGUGUUUGACCAUAUGCGUCUUAUAAGCACGUAUAUUGGGACAACUAAGUAAAUAGCAGUUAAGUUAAACUGAACAUACUCUGUGAGAAUGAUAAAUCAGUUGAUAAGACUUUGAACCUUUAAUGACUGGUAGCUAGGGCUUUCUUUAGAACAUGCCUGACUACCAUCUAUCUCGAAGCGCAAUAUUGGCUGACAUAUAAGUAGAUUGGAAAACAUUAGGGGUAACUAAAUCAAGACGUUAGAGCAGUUCAUGAAGUCAAUGACUGUUUGUCUGAGCUAUGUCGGCGGAUCUAGAUUAUCUGAUUACAGUCUGAACGAUGACUAUAAACAGUGGUUGAGGACAAGUGAAAUGGCUGAAAAUGAGUCCCAACUGUUCAAGUGCAUCUGCUUUUUUAACUGUCAUCAGAUCCAAGUUAUUUUAUACCUCUUAUCCUGCCAACUGUCUCUUCUCAAACCAUAUCCUCUAUACCUAAUCUUUUUUAUUACUGCUGGUACUACUUUUUUAUACCACUGUAUUCUUCAUCUUGAUUAUUUUAUCUCGCUAUACUAAUAUGGUGUGUCAACUUGGAACUGAUAAAUGCGUCAAGUUCUGUGUUGAUUUUGACUAACGAUAUCAUUGUAAUAUCCCAACAUUCCAAUUGUUCCAACUUUGUAUUGCAAUUUUCAAAAGAUAUCCACAAUAAGAAGGAAUGUGUAUAAUUAUUAAAUUGACAAAUAAAUACGUUAUGAUAGCGAUCGAAAGGAAAAAAACUGUUUGUCACAAAGUUACGCACCGAACCCGAAAACAAAAUAAAUUACGGAUCAUUUCAUUUAGUUACAUCUUCAAAUACAUGUUUAAAAAAGCAAAGAAUUUUAGAGCGAACUAUUGCUUUCAAUAACUUCGUCAUCAGGGUCUACAUUCAGCCACCCAUAAUUAUUGUGUCAAGAUUAUGCAUCAAUGAAUUCGAAAAUAACAUGUGCUAAAAAGCGGUUAAGUUUUGCAUCUGUUAUGAUGUAAAUACAUCAAAAAAGUUUGAAAGGUCAUUUACGAUAGGUUCAUGUGUAGUUUGAUCAACUAAGGUUUUCAAAAUGGUACAAUCUAUCAACUCAUUGUUUUCAAAGAUACAGCUUAAAAUUAUUCGAAUGUUUUCAGUCGUAUUUACUGUUUUGUUUUGUAAACCAUUUCUUUAAUGACUACUUCGUCACCAUAUGAUUGUUCCUUAAGAUAGUACUUCUCUUUUCUAUUAUUGUUACCAGUUGUAACUAGUUCAUUUACCCAUUAAUUGUAAGAGCCAUUUGGUUUCAUAAAAUUAACAGAACUAAUAAUUACAGGUAAAUAACCAUUAUACUUUCAAUAUUAAGUGGUUACUUACAUAUUCUAAUCUAUGUUAUAGAUAGCCUUUAGUGAUCAACAAACUUCUUGUCAUUAAACGAGAUAACAAAUCUAUUCCAUACAGAAUAUUUUGAUUUAAUUCAACAAAUAGUAUAUCUACAUUUCACCUGAAAUGUACCUCUUAUAUCUCGUAUAAACCUUUCUUUUAAUUUCUGAGGUUCGUUGUACUAGGAUAGGUAAUUUGACAUAGGAAUACAUUGUUCUGUAACAAUUGAAUAGCUGAAAAUAAAUAAUCAUAUUUUUAUUCGCAUAUCUGUUACUUAAUAACAUGAUUUUCUGUAAAAAGAAAAUCAUUAUCCUUUUAUGAUUGUUUUCUACUAUCUUCGUUUCUUAAUACUAAUGAUUAUCUAGGCCUUUCAUCAUCUAUUUUAUUUUUAAGUAAUUAAUAAGAAAAUUUUCACAGUUGAAUUCAUUAGUCGAUCUAAUCUAGACCAUUAUUUAAAACCUGGGUAUGCCGGAUGACCUUUUUGUCCCCAGUAUGGGUCUCCACAUUAGUGCGCACCCAUGAUCCUGCAAAAAAAAGCCUAAUUUUUCCCUUUUAACUAAGAAUUCAAAAUAUUUUUUUUUGUUUUCAUAUAAACCUGUGAGUGUUUUUUGAUUUGUUUGGAUUUUCAUCUCUCUAAUAAACUAUUAUUUUAGGAUACUGAAACCAAUGGAUGGGAAGAUGCAUGGAAUACAGAUCCAUGAACAGAUCAAGCAUUCUGUGACGAUUGUGAAAUUGUUUAUUACAUUUUCUUUUCAUUGUUCAUUUCUCUCCUUUCUUUUUACUAUUAAAGGUAUGGUUUAUUUUGUGAGUGGUAUGUUUGUUAUCAUUAUUAUUAUUAUUAUUUUCUUUCUUUUAUAUUCUUUCUCAUUUGGUUUUAUUACUAUUUCUGUAAUAUUUUUGUUAAGAUAAUAAACUAGAUUUUGAAUCAUCUGAGAAUAUUUACAUGUUUGUAUUUAUUUUAAUUUUUGAGCUGUUGUAAUUUUAUUUGUCAGGUAAUCACUAGUUUUUUUCUUCUUCUUGUACAAAAGGUUAAUGAAAAUUACUAUUCUUUUAGUUCAUGU